AUGCAUGCAAUGCGACAACAAUAUAAAGCCUUUUUCAAAAAAGGUCAAUUUUUUCCCCCCAAUAAAGUAUUCAUUCAUCCUGUAACUAAAAAAUUUAGUAGUUGUAGUAGUAGUAGUAGUAGUAGUAGUAGUAGUAGUAGUAGUAGUAGUAGUAGUAGUAGUAGUAGUAGUAGUAGUAGUAGUAGUAGUAGUAGUAGUAGUAGUAGUAGUAGUGGUAGUAGUAGUAGUAGUAGUGGUAGUAGUAGUAGUAGUAGCAGUUGUAGCGCUACUAUCACUACUACUACUACUACUACUACAACUGCUUUUGCUACUGCUCUUACUGCAUUAGCUAUCUGCCGCAAUUGUGCAUUUUAUUUGUUGGAACAAUUGUCGCCCACCUGUUGUCCAUAUUCUGUUUCGGACUACAACUAUCUACGGCAUUCGACAUCAUCGGUGAUCGUCUGUCGUCUUGCCCUGUCAUCCAUCUUUACAGAAUUGGUGAUAUACACAUGCGACCCGUGGCUUGGAUCAUUUCCGGUAUCAGGAACCGAUCCAGAAUCAAUAUCACAACGAUUAGAUCGUUUCGUUCAUCGGAAACCAGCUACUGCUGUUCAAUUAUCAAUUUCUGUAUCUGGUGUAAAAGUUUGCGCUAUUAAUGAUGAGAAGGGAAAAAAAAUGAGAGAAUAG